GGGCCCGACUCGGCCGGAGGUGUGCUGGGAGGGUCAGACAUGGCUGCGGUGCCCUCUGCGUCGGACGCUGUCCUCAUCCCUGCUUUUAGUGCCUCUGACAGCGCUGCACCGUUACUGCAUCUGCCUGCCCGGCGCCACCCACGAUGGGCUACACUCUCUGGUUCUAGGUCCCCAUCACCCUCUCCACGCUGCAUUGUGCACUGACGGCCAGCUGACCAGGAUGCGGCACCAUGGGCGUCGCCAUAAUCUCCGGCGUCCGAGCCAGCUUGGACGCGAAGGCCGCGACGGGCUUCCUCCCCGCCGCGAAGUGGGAAUCACACACGCCGGGCACGCUCACUCCCCGCGAGCCUGAAGACGAGUCGCUCCCCUCGCGCUUCCUCGCGUGCGUCAGCAGCGAGGACAGCGCCAAAAAGCUGCGCGCAGCAUUCCACUCCCCCAGCACCCUCGGGUACCAGGUCGAGAUCGUGAAAGGCCAAAAUGCGCAGGCAGUGCAGUCAGCCGACGUAGUCAUCCUUUGCUGCAAGCCGCAGCAGGCACACAACAUCCUGAAUGAACCGGGGGUGAAGGAGGCGCUAGACGGCAAGCUCCUCAUCAGCAUUCUCGCGGGAGUGACCAUCUCCCAGAUCGCAGCAUGGGUCCUCCCCUCGACGAAGGUGAUCCGGGCGAUGCCCAACACGCCGUGUAAAAUUAGAGAAGGGAUGACGGUCGUCAGCACCCUCCCCCCGUCCUCGACCCAGGAGCUAGACAAGUCCAUCAUCCUCAACAUCUUCUCCUCGAUCGGCCGCUGCCGGAUCCUGGAAGAGAAACACUUCGACGCAUGCACGGCGCUCGCGGGGUCGGGCCCCGCCUUUGCCUGCAUCUUCCUAGAGGCGAUGGCCGACGGAGGCGUCAUGAUGGGCCUGCCGCGCGCGGAGGCGCUGGAGCUCGCCGCACAGACGCUGCAAGGGGCUGCGCGCAUGACGCUUCAAUUGGGCAUGCAUCCGGCCCAGUUGAAGGAUUCUGUCACCACUCCUGGAGGUUGUACGAUUGCAGGCCUGCUUGCCAUGGAGGACGGCCGAGUACGUUCCACAAUCGCUCGUGCCAUACAGGUAGCCACGGAGAGAGCCUCAGAAUUGGGACAACCGGCCAAACACUAAUCUUAGCCACCAUCAGCCUCGAUAGUCGGUGGAUGUGAUU